AUGAGUCUUGAUGCGGGCGAAAUUAUAUACAAGGCGUUCGUGCCGACUCUCAAGAUGGCCCUCUGCAUUGCGGCUGGUUUCGUCCUGACAAAGACGCGCAGCCUCACUCCAGCCAGCACUCGAGGCAUUAGCUUGAUUACCCUGAAUCUCAGUCUGCCUUGUCUUCUCUUCUCCUCGAUGGUUCAGUCAUUCACCCCGACAAACAUCCAAGCAUUUGGGCCCCUGCUGAUGAUUGGAAUCAUGUAUCAGGUUUUAGGCGGCAGCCUCGCUUGGGUGGUGAGCGAGGUCUUCUGGGUUCCCUCAGACUUCAAGUUCGGGAUAUUGGUGAUGGGUGUCAUUUCCAACUGGGGUAACCUGCCCACCGCCGUCGUUCAGACCAUGGCAAGAGAAGCGCCUUUCAAUCCGGAUACCGACGUCGACCUGGGCGUGGCCUACAUCGCAAUUUUCAUCUUGUUGAUGAACAGCACUUUUUUUGCGUUUGGAGUUCACAAAAUGUGCGGCUGGGAUUUUGAUGAGAACCGCGCAACUCGCUCCGAGACUUUUAGGCAACGCUGGAGUCGUCGAAUCUUCAGGCUACAGCAAUUACCAUCGAGAUGUAAGGCAAAGUUGACCACGGCUCCGCGGACAGAUGGGAAAGGACAGCUGGAGCGACAGCCCCACCAGGUGUUGAUUCGAACGCCUUCUCAAACGCCAUCAGUGUUUGCGGCCAUCACCGACUUGACCAACCCCCAAUGCUCCCCCCUGUCCUCGGACGCGGGUCAGGUGCAUGGGUCGCCGUUCCGGGCUCUCAACAAGAGCAGUAGUCCCAGUCCGCUGCCCCCCGAUGAGAAUGCUCGAACAUCCGGAAGCGAUGAACGGCCAUCAUCAUCAACAACCGAUAAGCGGUCUCCUCGUCCAACUCUUAUGUUGCGUGCGAUCACAGUGCUCCGGAAUGUCCCCAUUGCAACGUGGUCGGUAAUUGCCGGGCUUCUUUGCUCGCUAAUACUGCCUCUCAAGGCUCUGCUCACCCCUACGGAAGGCUGGACCGGAACACGCAUGCCCAACGCUCCGGACGGCAACCCUCCGCUCUUCUUCCUUCUCGACACUGCAGCGUACAUCGGCGCCCUGACGGUCCCGCUCGGCUUGAUGCUGUUGGGAUCGUCAUUCGCGCGACUUGAAUUUCCGUCGCGUAUCCGCGAUGCCCCUCUCUCUGCGAAUGUGGCCAUGGCGAUGGUCAAAAUGGUGAUCGUACCUGUGUUCUCGGUUUUUGUGGUCCAAUCUUUCCAAAGCCACACAUCACUCUUCCCCAAAGAGGACAAGGUGCGCACCUUUUGCGCAAUCCUUCUGUCCGGCACUCCUGCGGCGGUGAACCAACUUGUCGUCACGCAACUGUAUCAUCCUGAGGGGAGGGCAGAUACCCUCGCAUUCUUUUUGUUGCUACAAUAUUGCCUCAUGUUUGUCUUGAGCACAGCUUUGGCCGCAAUCGCCUUGUAUAUCGUCACGUAG